AUGAGUGCAAACGCCGAUGUGCCCGCCGAGUUCCACAUCUAUGAUAACUUUGGCAAAAACGCGCCGAUGCCUGGCAUCGCAACCUUCUCUCAUCUCAACUGGACGAAUUGCUUCGCUCCUGAAAGCGAUGGCACUUUCGAUGUCGGCAUCGUGGGCAUGCCUUUUGAUCUAGGUGUGAGUUACCGUCCUGGUCAGCGGUUCGGUCCUGCGGCUGUUAGGGCAGUCUCGCAGCGCAUGGGCCCUUCCAUUGGAUACAGCAUGGCUCAUGACAUGAUGAAUCCAUUCCGAGACUGGGCAACUGUUGUCGACUGUGGAGACAUUCCGAACUCUGUGUUUGACAAGUACGAGGCUGUUCAAGAGCUAGGACAAGGAUUACAUGCAAUGGCAUCUCGACGACCCAAAACGACGUCCAAAGGCGACAAUGUGCGCCUCAUAACAGUUGGAGGUGACCAUACCAUCACUUUGCCUUCGUUGCGUGCUCUGCACUCAAUCUGGGGUGAAAUGGCCGUCAUCCAUUUCGAUGCACAUCUCGACACCUGGAAUCCGAGGCAGUGGGGCGGCGGUAUCAACAAGUACGACGAAAUCACCCAUGGAACACUCCUCCACUUUGCACACGAGGAAGGUUUACUCAGAAACGACACCGGAAUUCAUGUGGGAACCCGUGCAUUGCUUUUCGACAAGACGGAAGAUCUCCGCCAUGAUGCUGAAUGCGGUUUUCAGUUCAUCAUGGCUACAGAUAUCGAUACCCUCGGUAUCGAUGGUAUUGUUCAGCGUAUCCUACAAAGGGUUGGAAAUAACCCUGUCUACGUCACGAUUGAUAUCGAUGUUCUUGAUUCCGCAUUUGCGCCUGCGACAGGAUGCUCAGAGAUUGGGGGCAUGACAACGCGUGAAAUGGUAGCAGUACUCAGAGGUCUUAGUGCUGCAGGAAUCAAGAUUAUAGGGGCCGAUAUCGCGGAAUUAUCGCCCGUGUAUGAUGACAAUGUUCAGACGACGGCGACAGUCGUAGCCCAGCUCGCUUUCGAAAUUCUAGCGUGGAUGGUUAGAGUUCCUGUUCAGUGA